AUGGGUAAAGGAACGGACAAGCUUUACAUCACCCACUCCGAGUGGGCAUCUGAAGAUGCAUUCUCAGCCAGCGCGGGCGCUGGCGUUGCCAGGGCCAGAAAUGGAGGCCCUCACGCGGCAUUCAAACGCUUGCCAUUCAAUUUCUGCUCCCUCUCCCUUCAGCCAUUUGCGCAUCCGGUCUGCACACCCACGGGAACUAUCUUCGAUCUCACAAACAUCCUGCCGUGGAUUAAGAAGCAUGGGACGAAUCCGGUGGAUGGGUCGCCGCUGAAAAGCUCCGACUUGAUCAAGCUCACCAUCGCGAAGAACGAGGAGGGCGAUUACGUCGACCCGGUUACCUACAAGGUCUUGACGGAUAAUACACACAUUGUCGCUCUGCGCAAUACGGGAAAUGUGUUCUCGUGGGAUACGGUUGAUCGGCUAAACAUCAAGGGGAAGCUCUGGCGCGAUCUCGUCACUGACGAGGAGUUCAGCCGCAAGGAUAUCAUUACCCUGCAGGACCCGCAGAAUAUCGAGUCUCGCAACCUCAGUUCGUUCAAUUACUUGAAGGAAGGAGAAACCGAGAUUCUGGAGGAAAACCAGGCGUCGGGCAGUGUUAAUACGAAUGCGCUGGGGAGUUCGGCCAAGAUCUUAAAGGCGAAGGAGGCAGUGGCCAAAGCACGUGCGGAGCGCGCACAGCAGCAGGCUGGCCCUGCUGGCUCUAAAGCGGUUUCCAAGUCUGGCUCGGGCUCAGCUACCUCCAAAUCGGGACAGGCCCAGCCGGGGAAGCCUACACCCUAUAACGCUGCACGAUUCACGACGGGCAAGGCUGCCGCCUCAUUCACCAGCACAGGAUUGACACCUCAUACAUCGGCAGAAUUGGCACUCCUAUCCGAGGAGGAGUAUAUGCUCAAACGGGGUAGGGUCAAGGGCAAAGGCUACGCGCGGAUCGAUACCACUGGCGGGCACCUGAACGUGGAGCUAUAUCCCGAAUAUGCACCCAAGGCCGUGUGGAAUUUCAUCCAGCUUGCCAAGAAGGGAUACUACAAAGAUGUCACCUUCCAUCGCAAUAUCAAAGGAUUCAUGAUCCAAGGCGGUGAUCCCACCGGCACCGGACGAGGUGGCGAGAGUGUUUGGGGCAAGUACUUUGCCGACGAGUUUGAAGGACCCCUGAAGCACGACGCGCGAGGCACGCUGAGCAUGGCCAACAAGGGAAAGAACACGAACAGCAGUCAAUUCUUCUUCGCCUACCGAGCUUUACCUCAUCUCGACCGAAAACACACGGUCUUUGGGCGACUCAUCGACGACCCGACUCCUUCAUCCGCCACACUCAACAGGCUGGAAACCAACCCCGUUGAAUCAUCAACUAAUCGACCUACCCCCGAGAUCCGCAUCAAGGAUGUCACGGUGUUUGUCGAUCCCUUCGAGGAUUUUCUCAAGCAGAAACGCGCAGAGGACACACAGGAUCCGGCGGCCUCAACGGUCGACGAUAGCGAGGCGUCUCGUCGCAUGGACGACGAUCGGGUCACCUGGACCGGGAAGCGCGUCCGUGGACACGGUGCAAACACGGACGGUGAAUCCAUCGGUGUUGGCAAAUACCUAAAAGCUGCGCUGGCCGAUCGUGAAGAAGACGAGAUCAUGGAAUUUGUGGACGAGCCUGAACCCGAGCCUGCUCGCAAGAAGGCUAAGGGUACUGGGGGCUUCGGAGACUUUAGCUCCUGGUAG